GCCAAAUAUUUCCCGCACAAACUCUCUGCUUCCUCUCUUGCUUUCCCCACCAUCCCCAUUUCAUCUCACUUAAAAACCCUAAGAAAAUCCAGAUAAUAUUUGAAGGAUUUAGCUUCAAUUAAGAAAUGUCUGGUGAAUCCGGCGAAAAAGCCGGCCCCGUCUCCGACACAGUGGACGGUGGAGAAGGUGAAGCCACUGAAGGGAACUCAGGUGGCGGUGGAACCACCAUGGCUGCGCAGAAGAAAAGGUUGAGGAGAGUGAGCUUCGCUGAGAUGACAUCAGUGCAUUUCUUUGACCGGGAUGAGGAGGAUAACGACACGCCUAAGGAGCAGCUGCAAUCGGCAGGGAAAGGUGGAAAUGGUGAUGUGGAGAAAGAAGAAAUCCUAGGGUUUCUUCAGAUGAUGGAUUCAAAGGGCGAAGACGAAGAAGGAGAAGCUAUUGAGAGUGAAGAAGAUGAUGAAGAGCAGGCUGCAAUGCAAAGGCCGUUUUUGAAACUGAUGGAAUCUCCUUCUUCAGGGAGUGGUUUUGGUUCUGCUACUUCAAAUGAUGAGGAUUUUUUUGGCCCUGUUUCUGCCAGUUUUAUAAGGCGUGGUUGUUUAUCGGACUCAGAAGCUUCUGAUGACAAUUGUGAUGUUACCAUGGACUCAACUGCUUUCUCCAUGCAUUUUCGUAGCAUCGCACGGUCAGAGUCUGGAGUUGAAUUGAAGACUCCUACUGGAUUACAUCUUUCAUUCGAGGAUAAACCAUCAACUCAAACCACUGUUGGAAAUACCAUGGAACUUACUGUCUCAAGAAAACUAUUAUCCACAACUUCCUCUCCUGCUGGUAAGAGAUCUGCUAAUAGCAAUACAAGUGACAUGAGCCUUGUUGGGGAGAGCCCUUCAAAGUAUGACUACGGCAAACUUUCUCCUGAGUUGGAUGCACUUUUAGCUGAAGGUACAAAAAUUAUGAUGUCUGAUUCUCGCAAUAGUGCAGCUUUAGACUCACCCAGAAACUUGGGUAAUGCAUCUUUUCCCCUAAGAGAGAAUUUGAGUGUUGCUUCAGAGGACCCCAACAACUCUGGUGAUAUGCCUUUUGCCCCUCAAGAAAAUUUGGUUGAUUUGGUAGAUCUUAUUGGCAACAACAAAAAAGCAGUUGAUUCUUUGCAAGGACAGCCAGGUGACGCCAAUGGUCAUGGAGAUAUUCCACAUGAAUCUCCAUCGGCUGAGUUCAUAUCCUCACCUUCCAGACAAAGAAAAAUACCUGCAAGUAGUGCAUUGCCUGUCAAUAUGUCUUUUCUGACCCCUCAACAAGGAGAUUCUUCUUUAUGCAAAGAAGUUGACUACUGUCGGAGUACAUCAUCAAUACAAAAAAGCAUUUCAAAGCUGAAUUUGCUUGAAGCUUCUCCUUUUUCAGCCUCUAUCGAUUCCAGAUUUAAGGAUCUAAAUAUUAAAUCACAAAUUUCAAAACCUUCUCCCUUUAAAAUCCAAUUGGAGAGAGAGAUGAAGAAUUUCCUGCCAAAACAUAUUGAUGCAUCUUUUAGAAGUGUUGAGAGCCAACUUUUGUUUGCUUCUGCAAAGAAAGGUGCACAAAUAAGUGAGGCCCCUGCUGACAACAGCAAUGUUCUGGAUGAAGUGGACAGGGAAAAUAUACGUCGGACUGAAGAAUCCAAUGCAGCUGGUGUCUCAUCCUCCCCAUUCAGUGGAAGAAAAGGAUCAAGUGGAACACUGGGACAGCUUGUAACUUCUCCAGAAUCACAAAAGAAAUUAACUGUUUACCGCGAACAUCAAAACUUGAACGAUUUAGUUCUACCUGAUCAAUUUGCCAAUCUCGAAAGUUCUGGUCUAAAGGAAAAUGGUUCUAGCGUAAACCUUUCUACUGAACCUUUAGACAGAUUGGAGUCAUUUCCUGUGAGGACAAGACUGCAUUUUGGGUCACCUGUUGUUAAUCUAAAGGAUAACAGAGACAUGAGUACUUUUGAUAACCAAAAUGUUUCGCAAUUGAUAGAAAACCAUGAAACUCACAUGAGAGAGAACAUUUCACAGCUUACAAAUAGCGGGGACUUGGACGCAAGUCUGCAUCCUUGCAUUGUUCUUCCUGAGUCUACAAGCAACCUUCUUCGGGAAGAACCUCAAUCUGCCCCUUCUGGUGGUGCAGUACCUUUUACAGAGAGUAUUAAGGAACUAACGUUUCCUCAGAAAGCAGUGGAGACAUUCCCAAGUGCAUCAAAGAAAGAGUUCCCUUUAACUGGCAAGAAACAUAUGGAUCCGCAUCACGUAGUAGAUUAUUCUGCUCCAACUUUCAAUGCAUUGAAAUCUCCUCGGAAAAGAAGUGAGAUACUUGACUUUGAUGACAGUGAACAUCAUAGUGUUGUUUCUGUCCAGCAGAGGAGUCCCAAGCUUCGGAAAGUUGUUGUACUGGAUAGCCAAAUGCUUGGAGGCUUUAAUGAAGAUUGCAGAGAAACAAACAUGAUAGCUCUGGGGUCAAAGAAAUGGACAGAUAUAUAUUUUAAAUUUUCAGAAGAUGGGGAAAGAUUGCCUCCGUCUUCUGUUGAUAGGCUUAAACUCUCACUGAUUGAUUCAUUUGAAGAUGUGUUGCAUAACUUGAAGAAGGCAAAAACAUAUGGGAUGUUGUGCAGUGAAAUUUUUCAUCAGAAAACAUCAAUCUCAAAUGACCUCCGAUCUGAAAGAGUAGGUGAAAUAAGGUUGCUGUUGCAUCAAUUCAUUCAUGAAAAGUCAAAGUUACAACUGAUCUUCUCUAAGAAGAAAUUGUUAUUGGAAAAGUUACAACAAAUAAGCUCUGGAGUUCAGGACAUGCAAAUGUUGAAGAUGAAUAUCUUGCCUAAGUUUGUCGGAGCUAGUCCAGCUGGUGCCCGUGGCCUUUUGAAUUUCAUCAGCAUGAUGAAGCAUAGUGCUGAGGAUACGAAUGAAAAGGUUGCAGCACUGAAGCAAAGCUUAGAAUCAUUGAACAAGAAGAAAGCCAACCUUGUUAAGGCACUUCGUAGUUAUUGCAAACUUAAGGAAGAACAAAGUCAUUCUGACUGUGUUCUGUUAGCUAAUGAUAAUUUGAUGAAGAAAUCAUGUCACAGGUUUAUUCGUCUGGGCAUGCAGAUAUGGGGUAUUGAAAAAGUGAGGAACAACAAUGACAAUCACGAAAUUUUUGUCAACUACCUCGGAUUCGUCAUUCAAAGUUUCAAGUUUGCUGGUUGCCCUGCAUCAAGCUUUGUCAUCAGCAAUAAAAUGGAUGAUGUGAACAUCAUCAAGAGCUUCCCGAAUAUGGACGCUUGCGAAGCAUUUUCAUCUGUUCUAAAUGCUGAAACCACUCAGAAGUAUUUGGGUUCACAAAGUCUUGCAAGGGAAACACAAGCUGAAUAUGUAAUGCUGCCUCCGUUCUGCACUUUUGUAGGUCGCAAGUUCAUUUCUCGGCAAUUUGGUAGAUGUGGUUCGAGAACUUCAGUUGGCUCAGAUUGAGCUCCGUAAUUUGACUCGGGCAAACUUCCAUUGCCCUAAAGUUGGGCAGCUGAAUUUGUAUCUUAGCUUCUUUUCUUUCAGGCAUGGAAAGAAAGUGUUGUUGAUUUUUGACAUGGCAUGUCUAAAUCGAGGAAUAUAUCCAUUCGAGAUGUUACCAUCCCAGGUAACAGUUUCUUCUGCGGGAAAUACUGUAUUGGCUGAACCUAUCAUACAUGAAAUACAACAUGCUGUCAAGAGUCUUAGGGCUGGGUACCUGAGGAUAUUACGGUUAUGUAGAUGCAUUUCCCUUGCCGUUCAAACUCAGAAGUGAAUAGAUCAUUCAUUUUUAGGCUCUAGGAGGAUGCAAUGUAUUGACAGUGUCAGCUUUUGGUCGGAGCAUUUUGUAAAUUGUGUUAGUUCUGGUUUGUAUGUGGAAAUAUGGUGGAAUUGAGUUUGAUUUCUUAGUGAAAUCUUCACUCUAAGCCCCUCUCUGGUGUUUGUUUAAACUGUUUUAAGUUCAGACUUCAAGCAAUUUGUAAAAUUGCACCCUUGUUUUUAUGAAAGAAGACUAAAUUGUAUAAAUGGUCCCCUACAUUUAUUCAAAUUUAAAUAUUGGUCUCCUACGUUAACAUGUAUAUGGAUUGAGCCUU